AUGCGAAGAAAAAAUCACUCGUCCUUUGCCGCGUCACGCCAGGGUACUUCAUAUAGACGCAUUGCCGGCACUCAGCUCCGUACACCCAUCCGUUCCAAUGUACGCACUGCUCUUGAUCAAAGAUGCAGCGAAGGGGCUCGAAACUUGUCAUCUCUAGGCGGAUCUCGCAGAGAAGGGCUUCCUGCCAGUACACCCGGACCAGAGGCACUAUGUCGUGAUGACGACUUGCUGUUUGAUGCAUUCGGUCUUCCGUCUUUGCGAACUAAGUUUAAUGGUAAUACCUCUAUCUUUUGCGCUGACAAACAUGAUUCAGAAACCUCUCAUAACACACCGCAUCAAAGCGUGGCAUCUAGUUCCUCAGACAUUGAAACCAGGUCUCCUUCUAGUCCCCUGCUCAGGCUACAAGUUGGGAGAACCCGGCCAUACGUGGCACAAGAUAGUGGCUCCAAAAGGCGCCACCAAGAUCAUCAGUUUCGGUCUGAAGAAUGUGAAAGAUCACACGUUGCUGCGACUCUAGAACAAAGGACGCCGUUUCAGGACAUACCUGUAUUAAUUCGAGGAAUCGUUCUUGUGUCUGUGCAUGAGCUCCCUGAUAAGUAUCGGUCACUGUUCCAUUUUCCUGCCUUUAACGCGAUUCAAUCCAAAUGCUUCCAGCCUGUUUACAAAAGGGACGACAACAUUGUGCUUGCUGCUCCUACUGGGAGUGGCAAAACAGUUGUUAUGGAGUUGGCAAUAUGUCGUUUACUUAAUAAUCUGAAGGAUGAGAGGUUCAAGGUCAUUUAUCAAGCACCCACAAAGUCACUUUGCUCAGAAAGGUUCCGUGACUGGAACAGAAAGUUCCACUCAUUAGGCCUUCAAUGUGCUGAGUUGACCGGCGACACUGAUUAUACACAGAUGAGGAUCGUCCAGAACAGCCAGAUAAUUAUAACGACGCCCGAAAAAUGGGAUAGUGUGACACGGAAAUGGAAGGACCACGCACGUUUGAUGCAGCUAGUGAAACUCUUCUUAAUUGAUGAAGUUCACAUUCUCAAGGAGAGCCGCGGAGCAACAUUAGAAGCUGUCGUGUCACGCAUGAAAACGAUCGGGUCCAAUGUACGGUUUGUUGCACUAAGCGCUACCAUUCCAAAUUCUGAGGAUAUUGCAACAUGGCUCGGCAAGAAUGCAACGAACCAACAUGUUCCAGCACACAGGGAGCAUUUUGGAGAAGAGUUUCGUCCCGUUAGGCUGCAGAGAUUUGUAUACGGUUACCAGUCCCACGGAAAUGACUUCGCAUUCGACAAGAUGUGCAGUUCGAAACUUCCUGAUGUACUUGCGAUGCAUUCUUGCAGAAAGCCCAUCAUGAUCUUCUGCUGCACGAGGAACUCAUCUGUAGCUACGGCAAAGGAACUUGCUCGGCUGUGGUCAAUGUCCAACCCGCCAGCUCGGCUAUGGAAAGGAUCAAGCACAUCACUUGAAUUCAAUAAUGUAGACUUGAAGAUUACGAGUGCUGCAGGUGUCGCAUUUCAUCACGCUGGCCUGAAUCCCGGAGACAGACAGACAAUCGAAAAUGGCUUCUUACAAGGCCAAAUCAACAUAAUAUGUUGCACAUCCACGCUCGCAGUUGGUGUGAACCUCCCGUGUCACCUUGUGAUUAUCAAAAAUACCGUCGGAUGGCUAGACGGCGGCUGCAAAGAAUAUUCGGAUCUCGAAAUUAUGCAGAUGCUUGGUCGUGCUGGAAGACCUCAGUUUGACAACGACGCAGUCGCCGUUAUCUUAACCAGAAAAGAACGCGUCAACUAUUAUGAACGGCUCGUCUCAGGCUCUGAAAGCCUUGAAAGUUGCUUACAUUUGAACCUAAUUGAUCAUCUGAACGCUGAAAUUGGGUUAGGUAAUGUCACAAGUGUUGAAUCUGGUAUAAGAUGGCUUGCUGGCACCUUUUUAUUCGUGAGGCUCAGACGGAACCCAACAUAUUAUCAGCUAAGGGAAGGUGCCAAUAGGGAAGAUGAGGACGAGAUGCUUCGCCAAAUUUGUGAGAAAGACAUCAAACUUCUUCAAGAGAGUAACUUAGUCUCCACUGGACGUCUUAGAUCCACACAAUUUGGUGAUGCAAUGGCGCGUUAUUACGUGCGAUUCGAGACGAUGAAGACUUUCCUCACAUUAAAGCACCACUCCACUAUGUCUCAAAUCCUCUCCGUGAUUUCUCAGGCAGAAGAGUUCCGUGAUAUCCGUAUCAAGGCAGGUGAGAAGUCGCUGUACAAAGAGAUCAACCGCGGAACUGGCAUAAUGUUUCCGAUAAAAGUGGAUAUAGCACUGCCUGCCCAUAAAGUAUCACUACUCAUCCAGUCUGAGCUGGGUGUGGUGGAGUUUCCAGAUGACGAACAAUUCCAAAAGCACAAGUUUGCGUUCCAGCAAGACAAAGGUUUUGUAUUUUCACACGUUAAUCGGCUUAUUCGAUGCAUCAUAGACUGUCAGAUUGCUCUCGAGGAUUCAAUUGCUACUAGAAACGCCUUGGAGCUUGCAAGAAGUUUCGGAGCUAAAGUGUGGGAUAGAUCUCCAUUUCAGAUGAAGCAAAUUGAACAAAUUGGUGUCGUCGCGGUUAGAAAAUUAGCAGCCGCUGGAAUAACCAGUAUUGAAGCUCUAGAGUGCGCAGAGCCUCAACAGAUUGACAUGAUCUUGAGCAAAAAUCCUCCCUUUGGGUUGAAACUUCUAGGGCGUCUUUUGGAGUUUCCUAAGUUACGCGUGUCUGUCAAGAUGAUAAAAAAGGAGGUGAAACACGGUAACCCAGUGAGAGUUCAUUUUAAAGCCGAGGUCGCAUUCAUGAAUGAGAAAUGCCCAACAACUUUCCAGAGGCGUCCUGUACAUGUCUGUUUCUUAGCGGAGACCUCUAAUAGUUUGAUGAUCGAUUUCCGGCGUAUGAGCGCCAGUAAAAUCCACAGUAUCCAGGAGAUACCGUUGCACGUAGAAAUGGGAAGCCCAGAUCAGCACAUUACGUGCUAUGCUAUGUGUGAUGACAUUGCCGGGACUUUGAGAUCAGCAGAAUUGAGGCCUGCCCUCCCAGCUUCGCUAUUUCCCUUUUAUUCAAGUAAGGACUCGGACGAGACGAGCCAGAAGCACAUGAUGAAUAUGUCACGCCCACGUAGCAACACUUCUUUGCGGGUCAAACCCAAUAAAGAAUACAAUCUAGAUAGUUUCGGCAGUGAUGACUCGCUUUUCAAUGACCUUUUGGAAACUGGUUUGAUCCCUCGUCUUUUCCCCUUCGUGCAGUGA